UUAACUGUUUGCAGACAGGUAAGUUCUGUGUUGUUAUAUUAUAAAUAUUGAGUAUAGAUUAAUUAACUGUUUGCAGACAGGUAAGUUCUGUGUUGUUAUAUUUUCAACAAGACCUGGCAAUCGCAGACAUGAAUUUAUUACACUGUUUCAUAAACGUUCUCGCACCUGGCAACAUGAAAUUUUUAAUUAAUACUAGACGAGAAAGGCACUCAACUGGAUCUACUGUAUGUAGUAGAAAUAAUUUCCAGUGUUUUAGGACCACGCCCUCUUGUAUUUUUCUACUCGCAACACCCAAAAUCCCACAAUGUACGUCACCUCCUGUUGUUCCUGAAACAGCUAGCCUUAAUUAGUAUCAGUCUCUAGAGAUGCAUGGACUGGAUAGAAAGCUAAAAAUGUUAUCUAGAAGGUAAAAACACGGUCCGAGAUGGAUAGAAUGUGUGACCUCUGCGCUAUGGCAUUACAGAAUCUAGCAAUACGGUGCUCUAGCCGACUGAACUAUGCACGCGAAAUGACUCCAAUGGGAAAAUGGCCGCAAUACAAAAUGACGAAAUAAUUGUAAUGCGAAAUGAAAACUGAACCCAGCCACCGUAAUGUUCGUGAGCCAGCUGGGACUUGUUACGAUCCUAGUCGUCUAGGCCGUCGUGAAAAUUUUGUAAGCAGUUUUCCCCCUAAAAAAAUUCGUAAGCUACUAAUUUAUUCUUAGGUGUGACAACCCUGCUAUUAGCUAAAGAGUCGUUUAGUCAUAUUUAGUCAUUUUGCGCAGCUAAUCAUGAUGUCAUGCAGACCCGUGCAGCAUUCUCGUCGCCAACAAAAAACCCGGCACUGUGUCCAGACGUUAUUAGGAUGCAAAUAUAGCAUACAGAGCCGUCCGAUAGCAUAUCUAGCCUCGAAAUUCCAGAUCAGAGCGCGCGCCACGGUGCGCGGAAACCCAUCUUCUUAUAAUGCGACUUUGAAGUGAUCUGAAAAUGGUGUAGUACUGCCAAGAAUCACAUCUGAAUUUUGCGGUUUUAUCCGAGAUGUUUUAUAUCAUGCUUUUGCUACGGUCUUGGCUGGUUUCCUGGUGCAAGUAUGAGCGCUAAUUACUAAAACCGAAACCUUCACUUGACUUUGGUCUACAAUGAGCCACAGUUGUAGUCUGACAACGAUGCAUUUUUAAAUUAUUAGGGAAUCCUCGAAAAUGAAGUUCUUCAUGAGGACGAAGAGUUUCAUUGCGGAUUAUUUUGGUUGUUACUUGUUAUUACACACUCUACAACGCUCACUAGCGUACUAACCAAAUAGUGCUAUGUCUAAUUACUACAUACCAUGCCAGCUAGGUCUAAUCUAAUAUUACCAUACGUAUAGAUGAUGCAAAUAAUUUAUUCUCGACACUAUAGUCUGGCUGAUAGUUGGAAACUCCGUCUUUGGACGCCCCGACCUGUUUGUAUAUCGUACUAAGAUUUUAGAGUCUAGACGUACUCGAUUAUACAUUUCAUUUAGCUCAUCACUAGAUCCAAUACGCGGACCUCGAGGAUAUGCAAUUGCAAGUUAAUUCUUAGCAAAAUCGCAUGGCGAAUCGCCGUAACAAUGUGAUUCGAUUAGUGUAAUACGAUACUGGGGCUUUCAAAUUACAUUCGCUGGCCGAAACAAAUCCGCUGGCCGGAACAAAUCCACUAGUACACCGCCUCUGCGCACAGUACUGUAGAGUGGAGAUUGCAAUUGCAAGCAUCUAAGCAACACGUGCCAUGGGAAUUUUACCAUCGAAGACUAUUGGACUGGCUAGAAAGGUUCCAGACUUUCCUGAAGCGCUCGUUACGCAUCUUGGAGAAUUGCUGGACGAAGAGGACGACACGCCACUGCAACUCGACUGGAGGACCCUCGCACAACGUCUAGAACUGAAAGAUGAACACAGACGGAAGCUCUCUCGUGCCGAGAAGAAGACGAAGGCGGCACUAAGAUUGUGGUCGUACCAAGAACCAGACAAGAGCACCGGACGCGACUUGGUGCGAAUACUCAUCGACAUUGGACGGCGCGAUGCAGCUUUGGCAGUGCAAUCGCACCUCGGUGAGCGGUACGAGCCCGGCAGGUCGGUGCUGGAAGAUAAGUUUCAAGAAGUAGACACGGCUGCGAGAUUUGGACAACUGGAAGAUGUGAGGACACUCAUCGGAGGAAGAAUGGGACCAGAGGUUGAAGAGGUGUUUCAAGCUUGCCCUAGUAUUAUGUGGUCGCCACUUCAUACUGCUGCAGAGUUCGGCCAUCUUCUAGUGGUCAAAUUUUUCGUGGAGAAACAGUUCAAUAUUUUCACGAAGAAUCAUCGCGGGAAGACGCCAAGGGAAGUAGCUUUGGAAAAGACACAGAAGAGAGUGGCAGCUUAUCUAGCAGGCGCAGAAGCUGAGCGACUUUCUCCUCAAAGUCCUGUGAACAUGCCGGACUCCGUGAUUGGUCAGAUCUUGACGGUCUCCACAACUGACCAAUUGCCAGUAGACAUUUCCAUUGAUUCAAACAAUCUCGAUGACAUCCUAACCUCCGUGUCGACCCAACUCGGUAUCACUGCCUCGCAUUUGGUCAACAGUAGCACGAGGGCCAAGAUCUCGAGCGUCAGUGAUUUUCGUCACACACGAGAGGUUUUCGCUUUCUCAGCCGAGACAAACGAGGAAGCUGCACAAACCUCCAAUUUUCCAUCUGUUUUUACAACGGACCCGAGAGUGAGACAAGUGGACGACAGCAACGCUCCACGUCAAGUUUUACUCUUCUCGUUUCGUGACUUCUGGUCACGACCUCCGCACGCUUUCCCGUUCAAACGUGACGAAGAGCUCUCGUCGCUUCUUUCGCGUUCGUCGGCGAAGCUCGGCUGCCAAGUGGUGCAGCUGCUGACGUGCGAUAAGCUGUCGAGGAUACCGUCGAGCCGCGUGCUCGCAUGCAAAUCACGAGCCAUCGGACUCGACGCACCGAACGAGCACACGGCUCUGGACGAAAGAAAGAAUAUGGGACCGUUCAAGUAUAUAAGCGAGAGUGUGAUGAAGGAAUUCUCUCGUGCCGGCGGUGUGUUGUUCAGUUCGAGUCACGGUCUCCUGCUCACUAUACCCGACGGCGCCGUCCGCGAGGGAGACCGAGUGAGCCUGUCGAUGAAAGUCGCUCUGCCGGAUAGACAAAUGGAUGUCGGCGACGACGCGAUAGCCUUUCAUCCCGUCGGGCAGCCCGUUCUCAUCGAAGUCAACCCACCCGGAUACCAAUUUCAGAUGACGACGUCGCUGCGCAUGCCUCAUUGCGGCGUUGUCGAGGAGAACGUGAACGCGCCCAUCUGCGUGUUUACCGCGUCGCCGUCCGGUAGUCAACCGUGUGAAUUCCGCAAGCUGCCCGAUCAGCUUGUCAACGCUCGGGACAACUACGUCACCGUUCUGUUGUCGAAGGUUUCGUGGUUUUGGGCGUUUGCACAGCGCACGAUCAAAAGUCGCCAUUACGCCGUUUCCGUCUUCUCUCCGACCGACGAGAUCGCCAAACAAGCCGACACGCUGCCGUUUAAGGCGUUUAUUUAUCCUGCUCUUCCUAUAUACUACAAGGGAGCUGUCGAGGAGAUCCGCCGCGACGGCGAGUCUCAAGAUUGGAUACUUCGAGCUCAACGAACGUUUAUGUCUCUUCCGUAUGAUGAAAUUGAAGUUUUGAGUGAGGGUGCCGAUCAAGAGAUAAAAUUGAAUCCUGCCAGACAGACUUUUGAGCUUCGAGAAGCAUGGGAUGUUUUGUACGUCUCUGAUCAUCCGAGCGAUCAUUUUAGCUUUAAAGCUCGCGCAUUGCGGCCCGAAAAGAGGAAGGAAACAGUGUUGUCGCUCAAGCUCGUUCUGAAAGGAGCCGAUGCCAAGCUGAUGGGCUUGGGUUUGUAUGUCGACGUGCCGUCAUUUGGUCCGGGAUCCGAUUUCACGCUGCCACAGCAGCUGAAGGAUGAGUUGGCACGUCUGAUGGAUGGAGAAGAAGAGCGUGGAUGGAGAGCUCUGGCUGAACGCCUAGGGGUCAAUCCUCAAGAAGUGGAGAAUGAAGAAAAGCCUACUUUGGCAAUUUUGAGGAAGUUUGAAAGGCGCCGCGGCACAAGAGAAGAACUACAAGACGCUCUUGUCUACCUCGCUCGUACCGCCUAGCAUGGGGGGCCAGUGAGAGAUAAAAAAUGAAGUGAACUUCUUUCUUUAGUCACUUGAAUUGCUAUGGCUGUCGUAUUUUUGUGUUGUAUUUGCUGUUUUCUCUUGCUAUUCUAAACGAUAGAUACAGCAACAGAUACA